AGCGAGUUUUUUGCCUUUUGAACUGAGUUCAAGAUAAUUAAAGUCAAGGGCUAGAAAAAGGGAGGGGGACGGUAGUAGAAAUACCAGCAUAAUAAGCAGUAUGACUGUAGCGCUUUGUAAAUUAACUCAAUUAAAGAAAGCCUGAUUUUUAACGGGGUUAACAUGGUGAGAAGUGCAGCCCUCAUUAAACUGAGCUGCUAGAGGAGUUUCUAAUUAAGUCAAAAUUGUCUCGGUUGUUUCACACUUAAAGCCACAUAAAACAGUGCAUGUGCAUAUGUGUGUGAACACAUGCACACGUGCGUGUCUUGUGGUUUUGCAUGUGCUUCUGUAAAAGGAGAGAGGCAAAAAGAAAAAAAAAGACAAGGUGAAGUGUGAGAACUGGAAAGAACCAAGGGAGAGAGAAAGUAAUAAAAGGAGGAAAAGCUAAAGGGAGAGAGAGGAAUUGAAGGUUGAGAUUCUAUGAGAGAGAGAGAGAGAGAGAUUUUUCCUUGUCUUGGAGCAAUGACCAAACAGCUGCAGGCUGGCCUGCUACAGUGGGUCACUCUCAUUUGCCUGGGCUCCUGUCUCCUCCCUGUAUUCCAGGCUCAAUUUCCUCGGACCUGCAUGACUGUGGAAAGGCUAGUAUCCAAAGAGUGCUGCCCCCCUCUGGGUGCGGAACCUGCCAACACAUGUGGCAUACUAGAGGGGCGAGGACAAUGUGCAGAGGUGCGGGCAGAUGCUAGGCCCUGGAGUGGCCCCUAUGUGCUCUGGAACCAGGAUGAUCGUGAGCAGUGGCCUAGGAAAUUCUUCAACCGGACAUGCAAGUGUACAGACAACUUUGCUGGCUAUAACUGUGGAGAAUGCAAGUUUGGCUGGACAGGUUCCAACUGCAAUCAAAAGAAGCCACCAGUCUUUCGGAAGAAUAUCCAUUCUUUGACUCCUCUAGAGAGAGAGCAAUUCUUGGAUGCCUUGGACCUUGCAAAGAAGACCAUCCACCCAGACUACGUCAUUACUACUCAGCAUUGGCUGGGCCUGUUGGGGCCUAAUGGAACUCAGCCACAAAUUGCCAACUGUAGCAUUUAUAACUUCUUUGUGUGGUUACAUUAUUACUCUGUCAGAGAUACACUAUUAGGACCAGGGCGACCAUUCAAGGCCAUAGAUUUCUCCCACCAAGGGCCUGCAUUCCUUACCUGGCACAGGUAUCAUUUAUUGUUGCUGGAAAGAGAUCUUCAGAAACUCACUGGCAAUGAGUCCUUUGCACUACCUUACUGGAACUUUGCCACAGGAAAGAAUGAAUGUGAUGUCUGUACAGAUGAGUUGUUUGGUGCAUCAAGAUUGGAAGACUCAACCUUGAUUAGUCAGAAUUCAAGAUUCUCCCGCUGGGAAAUUGUUUGUGACAGCUUAGAUGACUACAACCGCCAAGUCACCCUGUGUAAUGGAACAAAUGAAGGUCUGUUGAGAAGGAAUCAAGGAGGAAGGACCAAGGAGCAGUUGCCCACCAUGGAGGAUGUCCAGGCCUGCCUUUCUCUUGAAGAGUUUGACAAUCCUCCUUUCUUCCGGAAUUCUAGCUUCAGUUUUAGGAAUGCCCUGGAAGGAUUCGAUAAAGCAGAUGGGACCUUUGAUUCAACAGCAACGAGCCUUCAUAACCUGGUUCAUGCUUUGCUGAAUGGCACUAGUGCUUUGCCCCAUUCUGCUGCAAAUGACCCCAUUUUUGUGGUCCUUCAUUCCUUUACUGAUGCCAUUUUUGAUGAGUGGAUGAAACGCUUUAAUCCUACUAUCAAUGCCUGGCCUCCAGAGCUGGCACCCAUUGGUCACAAUCGGAUGUAUAAUAUGGUCCCUUUCUUCCCUCCUGUGACAAAUGAAGAAUUCUUCUUAGCUGCAGACCAACUUGGCUAUGAUUAUGCCAUUAACUUGCCAGCUGCAACUUCAGGGAAAGCUACCCAAGAUCAGACUAUAAUCCUGUCAGUUAUCGGGGGAGGCCUAGUAGCAUUAGUGGCCUUGUCUAUGCUACUAGUUCUCCUUCAGUAUAGAAGACAUCGGAAAGGUUUUGCACCCCUGAUGGAGACCAGGUUCAGCAACAGGAAAUAUACAGAAGAAGCCUAGCACUGAAAACAUUUUCAGCUAAACCUCGGAAGAAAGAGCCUGGUUAAGUUGUAAGGCAUUAGAUUGGUUACUGGUUCUGUUCUGACUUGGAUAUUGAAAAGAUUAAUUCCCAGGGAGCUAAUUAAAUUGUUCUUUCUUUCACUAAACAUGUCAUUGGCAUGGGUCUUCUUAGUGUGGCAAUGUUCCAAAACUUAGGAGAUACUUCACUUUUCUUUGAAUAAACUCACAGGUAGAAUACUUGGGAAGUUUCUGUUGCUAAAUAAAGGUAGAGCUUGUGAUUUUUGUCUCAAGACAGUCACUCCCCACACAUCUCAAUCUUCAGUCAUCUGAGGACACCAAGAUAUGAAGAGGAGAAAGUCACUUAGAAUUUGAAGACCAUAGAAUUUUAGAGAUGGAAGUUAUAUUAGCAAUAUGCCCUUCUUUUUUUUUUUUUUGCGGGGCAAUGGGGGUUAAGUGACUUGCCCAGGGUCACACAGCUAGUAAGUGUCAAGUGUCCGAGGUCGGAUUUGAACUCAGAUACUCCUGAAUCCAGGGCCGGUGCUUUAUCCACUGCGCCACCUAGCUGCCCCUGAAAUAUGCCCUUCUAAAUGGGCAAAUGACAUACAAAUGAAUUGAAAGAUCUUUUCUUAAGUUGAUUACUCUCCUCUAGAGGAAUUGCAUUUAAUUUUAUAUGAAAUUAAAAUAAAAUUUCCACUUGGAUCUUCAAAUUGCUACAACCCAUUUUGUUUUCUCAGUGUGAGGACAAAGAAGGAAAGAGAAGUUAUAAUCUCAAACAUACAAAGAUACACACAAACACACAAAUACAUAUGUACCUACAUAUAUAAUAUUUAAGCUGGCAGUUGGGUUUUCCCCAAUUAAUUACUUUUAUCUUCGAUUUAAUUAUAUCAGAAUAAGUUCCUGAUAUACCCCAUACAAUCUUGAAUUCUCCAA